GAUAUACCACAAGGUGGAUACCUGGACCUGGAUAUAGUGUGAAUGUCUACUGAAAGCACAAUGAACAGAAUAUUUGAGAAAGUGUGUCUGGUGGCUCUGCUGUGUGUGUGCGGCACACAGGGCAAGGAGAUGACAGAGAUCGAGGCGUUGGGCGCGCAGCCCACACACUGCACCUACGAAUACGCCUUUGAAAUGUACGGCGCCCACUGCGCCAGCCGGCGUCUCAGCAAGGUACCCAAUUUGAGGAGUGGUAUUGAGAUCCUGGACUUUAGUGACAACAAGCUGCAGGAGGUCAAUGCCGACACACUGUCUAGUUACACGAACAUCAAGUUCCUGUACCUCGCAGACAAUCACAUCUACCUCAUAGAGGAGGACGCGCUCACGUCUCUCACAGAUCUGCAGACGUUGGAUCUCGCCAACAACGUCAUACUAGAACUGCCUAACUCAAUAUUCCAACUACCGUCCCUAAGGAAACUGUACCUGAGAGGAAACCCAAUUUUCUACAAAAAUAUGAACGCCCUCACAAUAGUGAAGCCGAUUAAAGCGCCACUGGAGCUCUUGGAUAUAUCAGACUGCAAGAUAAGAGAACUACCGGAUUGGGGUUACCUGCCGCAGCUGGUGUUCUACAACAUCUCACACAAUCCACUCGCUUCUCUUAACACGCCGCACUUCGCUUCCAUGUGCAACCUUAACAAAGUAGACCUAACCGAAUCUUUAAAUAGCUUGAAGCUGUGCGGCAUCAGAUCCACAAUCCUAUGGUUCCAACAGAAAAGAAUAUUUUUCCAAUUGGAAGACUACUCUAGACUCAAUACUAGAGAGUUCGAAAACUGUCCGGUACCAGAAGACGAUGGAUCUCACAACGCCACCUUUCAUCGAUGCAAAGCAGAAUAUUUGCAGGUGCAAAGUAUAAGGACGUCGCGUCGCACGUGGCUGACGAUAGGCGGAGGGCUGGCGGGCUUCCUCGUCGGCUUCAUCCUACUACUGUAUGUGAUGCACCGGCACAACGUGAAGCAGACAAAGACCAAGGCUGAGAAGAUGAAGCACGCUACUCCAGCCGACGCAGACAGGAACGCCAGUGCAGUCCUCCUUAGCGACGUCGCGUAGUUACUGGCACCGUCACGUAUUUAAAUUCUUGCCUGAUAAUACGGCAAUCAUUUCAAUGCCUAGUACGCAAUUCGUAUGACAGGCGUACAGAAGUUGCUUGAUAACGAAAUUGAAAUGUCGAGAUACGCCCGCCAUGAUUGCGAUUGACGAUUGUAAUACGUCCAAUCAUUUUAUUUAUAAAUGGUGAAUAUUCAGGGUAUUUAACGAACCAAAGAAUAUUUGGCAAUAUUUUAAAUUAACACUACGUAUCUACAUUUAUAUUAAAAUUGUGCUUUGUAUGUUUAAUGUGGUGCUUUAGCGACAUAUAUGU